GUUAAUAGUUCGGGUUUCCCAGUGGUAUUAGCCCUUCUUAUUUUCCUUUUAUUGAGAAUGACAAUUGAACUCUGACUUAUUGUUAACGCGUUUCGUAUCGAGAGCGAGUUUUAUCCACUUUUGUAAUUGACACGUUAGGUAAAUUGUGAAUUUGUUAAAACUGGGUCGACCCGAUCAAAGUGAGUUGAAUGCAGUUUGAGAGUUUGGGGUCAUGAGCGAGUUUUAUCCGCUUUAGUAUCUUUUUUUUAUCUUUUUCCUUUUGGUCGAGAAUGACAAUUGAGUCCAAACGCAUGGGUAUACAAUCUAAUUCGACCGGACCAAAGCGACUUGAACCUAUUUUACAGGUUUUCGAUGGGAGUGAGUUUUAUCUGUUUUGGUAAUUGGCGGGUUGUGUCAUGUGUCAAUUUUUCCAAAACUCGGUUCAACCAUGUCAAAACAAGUUGAACUGGUGUUGACGAGUUUUGAUCCAAUAGCUAGUUUUAGCUUUAGUGUCUUUCAUUUUGCUUUUUCCUUUUGUUUGAGAAAGACAAUAGAACCCAAAUUCAUGGGUAUCCAACCUAAUUUGACUCGAUCAAUACGAGUUGAACCUCCUCAAACCUGCAAUUAGUUCAAAAAAUUAAUAACGGAGAACCACGAUUACCUCAAACCCAACAACAACAACAACAACAAAAAAGAGUAUGACUAUGUUUUACCAUAAUUUUAGAAGUUUUAUGUUUCGAAGUUCGAAGGCAAGCCAAACACCUGUAAGGUUUCACUUUUUAAAAAGCUAAAGUUUUUCGUAACUUAAAAGCAGAAGCUCCGAUUUUAAAAUUCAAAGUCCUUACCAUAUAUUUUUUUUUUCUAGAAAACAUAUUUUUCUUUCAUUUAUAUCAUUAUAAAAAAAAUUAAAAAAAUGUAUUAUUUAAUAUGAAAUAAAUCUAACAUGAUUCGUUUUAAAUACUUUUUAUUUUUAGAAUUUGUAUUCAUAUUUUAUGUUAGAAAUAUUUUUUUUUCAUUUUACAUUACCUCUUAUAUUAGAAAGUAAUUCUGAUAGUUUUUCAACUAAACACUCAACAUUUUUUUAAAUACUUCUUAAGAAGAUCUAGAGAAACUGCUUCAUUCUGCAAAAGUUAUAGCAGGAUCAACUACUAGCCAUACAGAUUGAAACAACAGCGGCAUGAAAGAAGUUUAAACAUAAAUAAUAUAUUCGACGACUCUUUUACUUUAUGCAAAUUCGUCGACCAUAUGCUAUGUAAAUAACAAACCUAUAAAAAGAAUAAUUAAAAAUAAAAUAAGAUUACUUUCACUUUUAGAUCAACAUUAUAAUUAUUACUCUUUAAAAUAUUUAUUUAUGUGAAAGCGGGAAUUUGCUAGUUUACUAUUUUCAAUAUAUUUUUUUUUGUUUAGUAUUAAUAGGAGUACUGGUCACGUUGCCUUGUCUGGGACUGUCUGGGAAGGAAACAAUAUAAAAACACAAGUUGAAGACGGGAGAUGGUUGGUAGCUAGAUGGAAUAAAUGGCCGGGUGCUUUGGUUGCAUAUUCGCCUUUUUUCCACCGGCCGGCCACAUCGACUGAUAACUAGCUAGCCGAUAAAAUAAACUAAAAAAAAAAUUAAUGAGAGUAGUGGUCACCGGCGCGUCCGGUUACGUCGGCGACCGGCUCUGUCACGCUCUCGUGGAAAGAGGCCACUCCGUCCGAGCCUUGGUCCGUCACACUAGCGACGUUUCCUCUCUUCCUCCUCAUUCUGACAACUUCGAGCUCGCCUACGGUGACAUCACCAAUUACCGUUCGCUCCUCGACGCCUUCCAUGGCUGCGACGCCGUCUUCCACGCUGCCGCGCUCACCGAGCCAUGGCUGCCGGAUCCAACCCAGUUCUUCGCCGUUAAUGUGGAAGGGCUGAGGAACGUAGUGCGAGCAGCUACCGCAACUGGAACAGUCAAGAAGCUCGUGUGCACGUUGUCGGCUUCCGCGCUUGGGCCUACCGACGGUUACGUCGCCGACGAGGAACAGGUUCACCCUGAGAAAACGUAUUGUAGCGAAUACGAGAGGUCGCAGGUUGCAGCGUUAAAGGUGGCUCAGCAGGCAGCCUCCGACGGAGUACCAAUUGUUGUGGUCUACCUCGGCAUCGUUUACGGUCCCGGAAAACUCACCGCCAGCAAUGUCGUGGCACAUUUACUGGUAGAAUUGUUUGGAGGAGGCCUACUAGCGCGGGCUGGGUUUGAGAAGGAUAUAUUUUCUUUCAGUCACAUCGACGAUGUCGUCAAAGGACACAUCGCUGCAAUGGACAAAGGCAAGGCAGGCGAAACGUAUAUGCUUACUGGGGAGAACGCAUCAUUUGCAAGCUUGCUCGACAUGGCUGCCGCCAUUGCUGGGACUAGAAAGCCAAGCUUGAAAAUCCCUCUGUGGGUCUUUGAGAUUCUUGGAUGGUUGUUGAUACUUGUCUCUCGAAUCACAGGGCGACCUCCUCUUGUCAGUCCAUCGGUCGUACAUGUAUUGAGAUGCCAGUGGGCUUAUUCUUGUGAGAAGGCAAAAAGGGAUUUGGGUUACAGUCCCAGAGGCCUGAAAGAUGGAUUGUUGGAUGUGUUGCCAUGGCUGAGGAGCAGGGAACUAAUAAAUUACUGAAAUUGGUUUAUCAUUGGCCACAUCGCGGUUCGGUUCAACUCGUUGUGGUUCGGGUGGGGCUACAUAAACUAAUUUAACCGAAUACCAACGUGUUAGAUCAUGUCCGACCGAAUCCAAGGUCGCGCCUUCUCUCAUCUCACCAAUUCUUGGUUACUUCCCCUCUCGUUUCCAUUCACACCAUUUAAAACUCAAACAAUCCCCCACACGAAUGGAGAAUGCUAAGUUUUGAAAACUAUGCAAAAAGUUGGGUGACUCUCAACUAAGAAUUAGUUGUAUUGGGAUAGGUGGGUUUCCGUUUGUACCUUCCAUAGUGAACAUAUAUCGAGUAUACUCAACAAUCGGUAGAUAUGAUACCUUUGAAUUGUCAAAUUUUCUUGUAUACUAAAGACAACAUAUGUCACACAACUAACUCUUAUUCGUUCAUUGAUUCUCAUUGUUGUGUUCGUCUUAGCCAUGAACACCAGCUGGUUUCAGGAGUGCUUAGAAAAUUGGUCUUCUUUUAUUCUACUUGAAAAUGACUCUACUUCACACUAACAUAAGUGAUUUCUAAACGUGUUUUACGAACACACCAUUAAAAACCUUUCAUAUUUAGGUUUACCCUUAUCAUUGGACAUUGUCUCAUGGUGAGAAUGUACUUUGAAUGAUUUUAGAAUGUCGGACCAUCAUUCACAACUUUGUUUGCUCCUUGCACCUAGAGGUUGGGUUUGUCAAUCCUACUUAGGUAGAGUUACCGCAUGAUAAUUUGUCCAAGACCAAGAGACCAUUCCCUUCGAUGCUUUAAUUAAUUUCUAGGUUGGCCCCAUGUUUGUUAUCAUUUUAUCUAAGAAGAUCAAUUCAGAUAACUUCGCUGGAAAUUAAUCGAUCAAUAGUGUUAUGUUCCAUUAUCUAUGACGAGAUUUUCACAUAACACUUCUAGCCCUUACAAUAAGAACAUUUAUACCAUCACCAGUCUUAGAGUGAGUGUAUAGUUCAACUUGGAUGUUUUCCAUGAUACUACUCCCCAUUAACCAAAAUGCGUAUCCAUUAAUGGAUUAUGGCUUUUAGUUCAUCCGAUGAGUUCCUUUGGGUAUAAUAUACCAAAGACUUGUCUCUUUUGAUUCACUAUACAACAUGUGCGCUUGACUUGAUUUUUUAUUGCCUUGCAAUAAUCUAACACAUGACAA